AUGGAGUCGGCAAACCACGCGGUCUUUGAUACCGCCUCCUUAGGUAGUGGUGGGGCACGUUUAGAUCUCAGCGGCCAGGCCCUCGAUGCAACCGUCUGUGCCUUGGACCGAGCUUUUGCCGGCCAAGCCUUUUACUCGGGCUUUGUUACUUCCGCGAUUGGUUAG